AUGAGCUACACUCGCGAGUGUCACGCGCGGCAUACCAAAUCAAAAGUCUAAGAGGUAGCGCAUUAAACUGUGAAAAAGAAACAUCCACUUAGUGCUUUAGGCGGGUGGUCGUAGCCUCAAAGCAGAGGCGGAAUAUGCGCCACACGACUCCACGCCGGAGACACAGGAUUAUAUGAAGGAUUGUCAAGUGUGUGGGCACGUGCGGGUGCCAGGACAUGUGUCGUGACUUACACAUCUAGCCAUCAUACAGCAAUUAAAUGUUUGUCGACAUAAGGUGAACAGCUGGUGCCAGCAAAUACGCAUUUCAUUGCCUAUAUUGCAAUACAGGUGCAGGCACUGCAGAAAGAUUCUAAAAACAUUCACUUUGGAUUUGUAUUCUCCUCUGUGAUGAAUGAAUGUAUCCCAUGCGAUGGCUAAUAUGUUUCAGAAGUGACAAAUAAAUCACAUGCUUCAGAAAAUGGCAAUUAAGUAAAAAAAAAAUAUAUUAUGAGGCAUCUGAAUGGUCAAAAAUAUUUCUCGAUCCGCGAUGGCAUACAACGCAGUACUUCUAAUUAACCAAAGCGGCAGUGCCAACUCUGCAACGUAAAAAUGUUUUCAACAUAAACAUUUAAGUUUAGUGGCUAUCGAAAAAAGAAAAAAAACGCCGCUAAGUUUUGUAAUAAAAUAAAAUAAAUAAAGUGUGAAAAUGUGCGAUUCUCUAAGUGACAAAAACAUCGCAGCUUACUUGUAAGUGUAAGAAAAAGAGAAAAAAAAGGAGAGAAAAAAUAAGAAAUUAAACAAGAAAACGAACAUCAACAAUAAUAAUGCAGCAACAAGCGCAAACGCUAACUGAAUUUCUGUCCUUAAGGAAUUAUUUUAAUAAGCGAUAUUUGUGCGAAAUUGUGAAAAGACAGCAACUUCAACUACACCAAAAAUUCACGCCGCAAAUGUGUCCCAAAAGUGCGCAGAGCGAAGAAGCUGAACUGAAGAAGUUAGCUAAAAUACCAACAUCCACCGCAAAAACAAAAACAAGCAUGCGAAGCUAUAGACAUUUGCAGAGACGCAGCAGCAACAACAACAGCUCAACUGGCGCCAGUACCAACAUUAACUGCACCAGUGGGGCCAUUCGCACCGACUACAGUCAUGGCAAUGCGAAGAGCAACAACAAAAGACACAGCUACUACGGCUAUAAUCUCUGUGUUAGAAAUGGCAAGAGCUUUACAGCAAGAAGAAGAAUAACGAUUACAAGCGGACAACUCCUGCUGACAAUGCUGCUAUCUUCCGUGCUCGUCCUGGAAGCGAACUCCACCGUCGCUUCAUCGACGUAUGCAAUAAUAUCGUUAACAAAAACAACAAAUACAGCAACGCCAAACGCAAUGUUAUUUUUAAACACAUCUACAAGCAACGUGCCGACAGCAAGAACUGCCGAGAGUUCGGCCCCAACACAAACAAAGAGCGUAACAAUAGCAGCUAUGGGAGUAACACCUCCAACAAACUUGGCUGCGCCACCUGUAUUAUCAUUAGUUUCAGCCUCAGCAAUAACAAAUGUCCCUGACGCUACGCCCGUUACCGAUGCAAUGCUAUCUACGCCACCUAUCCGUUCGCCUUCAGCAUCGCCUCUGCGUCCCAUAUCAAACCCAUUGUCGUCUUCCUCAGUAACAACAAUAAUGCCAGCAAGUGAUCCACCAGUAGAGCUAUUUGCAAUGGAAAAGGUAACAACUAUAGCAACAACAACAGACGACAACGUGGAAAGCGCCACGAUUAGCCUGCAGCCUCCGCCACCUUCCGAUGUACUCAUAAAAGGCUUUUCCAUACCAACAUUUUUACCACCAUUUCCGUCUUUUGCCAUGGCUGACCUACCAGCUUACAAAUUGGCGCCUACUUCGUUAGCAGCAGUCACUCCGACUGUGUCAACAGACCCUCAGGAUCAACUUUAUUUAGCCGCCUACCAGCAAAACGCGCUCCGCCUCAACCUAUCCAUGCCAACGAUGAAUAUUACCGUUCAGAUGGGCAAUCACGCUUACCUGCCUUGCAAUAUACAUCACAUGUUGAACAAGCCAAUUUCGUGGGUGCGGCUUCGUGAUGGCCACAUACUCUCCGUGGACCAAGCGACUUUCAUUGCCGACCAGCGCUUUCAGGCCAUAUUCCAAGGCGAGGACGAGUACACCUGGUCGCUGCAGAUCAAAUAUGUGCAGGACACCGAUGAAGGCUGGUACGAGUGCCAAGUGUCCACUGAACCAAAAAUGAGUGCAAAAAUUUAUUUAGGCGUAGUUGUACCACACACCGAGCUGAUUGGUGAUCAGAACCGUUUCGUGAAAGCAGGUAGUAAGGUGGCACUGCACUGCAUAGUUCGGGACACACUUGACCCGCCAACCUACAUCAUUUGGUUCCGAGGCAAGACACAAAUCGCGAAUGACAAUAAAAUGGGCUGGUACACAGAAAUCGACCGCACGAUCUUCGGUAAUGCGGACAGCAACCGUAAUACGAUUGGCUCGCUAAUAAUACCUUUUGUGAAGAAAAAGGAUUCGGGUAACUACACUUGUCAGCCGUCUAAUAGUGCGCCCGUUUCGGUGGAUCUGCACGUGCUGAGCGGGGAGUAUUCUGCCUCGGCAAUAAUGUCGGCGGGAAGCACCUACAGGGUGAGCGGAAGUUCUCUUUGCUGUCUGCUGCUGCUGCUGGUGAUGCUCGUCGUGCCGAAGACGUGACUGCGUCGUAUUUUAACGUAAGUCGACGAAGUGACAUUAGCUCCGCCGUUCAUUUUAUGUUUGCAUUGCCAAGCCCUUUUCGUUGUGAACAAAGACAUCUAGACUAAGUUAAGUAAAUGGACUUGGAAACGCUACUUGUAUAUUAAAUAAUUAAGUAUUGUUAAUAUUACUGACAAAGACAAAGAGAAAGAGAAAAGAGCAUUUGGAUAUGGCAAACAACGAGGCCCAAGUCAGACGAGAGUGUGCACGGACGUAAUCACAAGGACAAGCACUUUAAUUAUAAGAUGAGAUGAACAAUUAAUGUAAUAAUUCCACACCAUAACUUAAGUGACUUUUUUAUUAACGUAAUGAAACGUACAACUGAAAUACAGAUAACGGAAAGUGCGAAAACAAAGUUGUGAAACAUCAAUAAGUAGGAUAUCAGCAAAAGUUAUUUAGUAGCAGCCGAUUAGUUAUUCAUUACAGUAGCAAGAUAAUUAUGGCGGUUAAGUCAAAUUGGUGGAACCAGAAGUUGAAAUAAUUACGAGAAUUGAAACAAAUAGCAAAAAUUGUCAACUACUUUCAGCACUGCAUAAUCGAAUAUUGUAAAUAUUAAAUAAAUUUUACCUUAAUAAUAACAAAAUACUGCAUAAGAGAUUAUAUAAACGCAUUCGAUUGAAGUGAACACUUAGUAUUUAAUACAAAUACAACACACAGGCGAGUAUAUUUGCAGGGCAUGCCAAGCUACUCGUUGCUGAAAAUGAAAUCUAUAAUAAAAUGCAAUAAAGACAAUUCAAAUUAUAA